UCGGAACCCGGCAACCACCAUCCUUCCCAUCAAUCAUGGGAGGGGCGACUGCUGUACUCGAAUUAAGAGCUUCUUUCCACCUUUUGAUCCUAUUGAGGAGAGGGGGGAAAAAAAAAAAGGNUAAAAGAGACCGAGUGAAACCGAGCCCAGGGGCUCAAAGAUAAGGCGAAAAAUAAGAAGGCUAAUAGAGAAAGGCAUCGGAGCUGGGCCAUGGCAAUAGAUAUUAUAUCGCCUCCACCCGCACCUUUCUUUCUGACAAAUAAUCUACAUUGCUUCCUUUGGGUGGCUUCUAUCUUCUUAUACAUCGACUUCUCCUCCUCCGAAAGUCCCACACCACCAUUAGCCUCUUUUUCUCUAUCUUUAGAGGCCUUUACCUUGGGUGGUAUCGCCGCUUUCCUUUCUUAUUGUACAGUGGAGUCGAUGCGCACGAUCUGUUUGUAGAUUUUCCCCAGAGCGUUUUUGACGGAGGUUUCAUGUUUGAUGUCAUAACCACUAAGUAAAUUGCAAAAAAAUAAGGAGAAUGGGUUCUGGAGAUUGGUUUAAAACAAUUAUCAGCAGGAAGAAAACAAAGAAAGAUCAGUCAAAGCAAGUAAAGAGCACUUCUAGUCAACAAUCAAAUGGGUUCAAGUGGAGAAAUCAAUCUCACAGAAAGUCCCAUAAAUUAUAUAAUGGUGCUUCUGGUGGGAACAUGAGUAUUGAGGACUUAGCAGCCAUUCGGAUUCAAACUGCAUUUCGAGGCUUCAGGGCUAGGAAAAAGUUUCGUUCGUUGAAAGGAGUACAAAGACUGCAAGUCCUUGCCCAAGGCCAUUCUGUUAAGCACCAGGCAUCGACCACUUUGAGUUAUCUCCAAUCUUGGGGCAAAAUACAAGCACAAAUUAGAGCACGUCGUAUUUGCAUGGUAACUGAAGGCCGCAUGAGGCAGAAGAAACAAGACAAUCAAUUAAAACUAGAGGCUAAGCUUCAUGACUUAGAGGUGGAAUGGUGUGGAGGCUCCGAAACGAUGGAGGAAAUAAUUGCCAGGAUACAACAAAGAGAAGAGGCAGCAAUCAAGCGUGAACGAGCCUUGGCAUAUGCAUUUUCGCAUCAGUGGAGGGCCAACCCUGGCUUGAACCAGGGGCCGUUUGUUUAUGAAUGUGGGAAAGGUAAUUGGGGGUGGAGCUGGAUGGAUCGGUGGAUUGCAGCACGUCCAUGGGAAACCAGACUGCCCACUCAUUCUGCGAUCCCCAAGAAAGCACAGACCAAGGCAACAAGCAAAGUUGGCAACGAUGCAAAUCCAUCAGCCCAGAAAGUAUCAGAAUCAGUUAAACCUGCAGCUGCUGAUGGGAAAGGCUCUACAAAGAGAUCAUCUCUGUCAAAUGGUGAUAAACUAGUUAACCGAGAGCAAAAUGCCAAGGCAGCAACUUCUCAUCAGAAAACCAAGAACGCAAAGAUGAAGCAGGAGCAGCAGCUUCCUUCACAAACAAGUGAAAUUACCGGCUGAGUCAGGCUGGAGAUUAUGGGCCAAGAUGAAGUAUCUCAAAACAAUGAAGUGAUAAUUUUCUGUCGGUUUUCUGGUUCUUUUUCUUUUCUUUACCAUUCAUUAUGCAGAAUAAAAUUGGCCAUUCGCCGUUGAAGUUGUGAAAAUUGUUGAGCGUAUAUAUGCAUGUGCUUUCAUGUGAAGAAACAUAGUAGGUUGGCUGUCAGUGGGCCGUUUGUUCCUGCUGUGUUCUUUCAAUAAGAUUGUCAUGACCGCCUGGCUGAUGGGGACUCGACAUGCCCUUUGUUGGCCUUGGCUGUUAUUGAACAAAAACUCUUUAAACUAGUCUCUAUACAAUCCUUAAUGGGUCAUUGGUUUUU